AUGGAUUCUUAUGAUACAUCAGAAUCGACUCCUAGGCACAGUGCAUCUUCAAGGCUUAAAGAUUACUUUAUAGGUGCCACCCCUUUGCAGAAACGAUUAGAAUCAGUCAGGAAGCUGACUUCAUUUAUCCCAACUCCACCUCGAAGGAAAAUUCCUCAGUGUUCACAAUUACAGGAAGAUAAUGAUCCUCAAAAAGUUGCAUUCCUUCUGCAUAAACAAUGGACUUUAUAUAGUCUAACUCCCCUAUAUAAAUUCUCCUAUACUAAUCUCAAAGAGUAUUCUAGACUUCUGAGUGCAUUUAUUGCUGCUGAAAAGCAAAAAGGGCUUGCUGUGGAAGUGGGAGAAGACUUCAACAUCAAAGUGACUUUCUCCACUCUCCUAGGAAUGAAAGGAACACAAAGAGACUCUGAAGCGUUUCUCGUUCAGAUUCUGUCAAAAUCUCAAUUGCCAUCUGAGAACAGAGAACAUAAAGUGUUGUGGACUGGUUGGUUCUGCUGUAUAUUUGGAGACAGUCUUCUAGAGACUGUUUCAGAAGAUUUCACCUGUGUACCCUUAUUCCUUGCAAAUGGAGCAGAGACGAAUACAGCCAUAGUAGGAACCUGGUUUCAGAAAACUUUUGAUUGUUAUUUCAGUCCCUUAGCAAUCAAUGCAUUUAAUCUUUCCUGGAUGGCUGCUAUGUGGACUGCAUGCAAAAUGGACCAGUAUAUGGCUGCUACCGAAUUUCUUUGGUCUGUACCCUGUAGCCCUCAAAGUCUGGACAUUUCUUAUGCCAUACAUCCAGAGGAUGCCAAAGCUUUGUGGGACAGUGUCCACAAAACACCUGGGGAAGUUACUCAGGAGGAAGUUGACUUAUUUAUGGACUGCCUUUAUUCACAUUUCCAUAGGCAUUUCAAAAUUCACUUAUCAGCCACAAGAUUGGUCCGUGUUUCCACAUCUGUAGCUUCAGCACAUACUGAUGGAAAAAUAAAGAUUCUGUGUCAUAAAUACCUUAUUGGAGUCUUGGCAUAUUUGACAGAACUGGCAAUUUUUCAAAUUGAUUGAAGUCUUGUGGGGACGA